AUGAUAGAGUUAAGUUAUCUUCUCGAUAGGGAGCAGCCAGCACCUUCCCAAGAUUUCCUUGAGCUGCUAGCAGCAUACACCUCUGGUUGCUGCCCCAACGGCAGCAGCCUGGGUUUGCAACGACCUGCUGCCGCUGAUCUUGAACAAGGCACUACUGUUGAAGCACCUUCUCCAGCGUCGCUUCUGCAGGGCGUCACCAUGGAGGGGGACACCGCAUUACAUGUGGUGGCCGCCAAUGGGGACAGCGAGGUCUUCAUGAAUUGUGCGGACCUCAUUCACAGGAAGGACAGAACAUUCCUGUCUAAGCAGAAUACCAAGGGUGACACGCCCUUGCAUUGUGCUGUCAGGGCUGGAAAUUCCCAGAUGCUCUCUCAUCUUGCUGAUCUUGCAAGAAGUGACGGUAUGUUGGAAGACCUCGUAAGAAAGGAGAACUGCAGUAAGGAGACCGUCUUGCAUGAGGCUGUCCGCAUUGGCGAUGAUCAAAUCGUCAAGAGUUUGUUGACGGCUGAUCCAGAACUGGCUUGUUUUCCCAUGGACGGCACUACCUAG